AUAAAAUGUUCUUUUCCAAAAUAAUAUGAUUGAAAAUUUGUUUUAACUAAAAGGAAAUUCAAAAAAAAAAAUAAUAAUAAUAACGUAAAAAUUUAUAAAAAGUGGAGUUGCGGAUCAGUGAAAGUAUUACGUUUUCUAUUCACUUAUUAUAUGAGCAAGAGCACCUAAAAAGGUGACAAAAAAAAAUGAUUACGUAAUUUUUGAAUGAUCUAUAACCUACAUAUAUACUAUGAAAAGAAAUGAAAAGUAACAAUAUUUUGAGGUGAACCCUAAAGUUCAUGGUUAAGUAAUUAUUACCGUCAUUUCCUCAAUUUUUGGCCAGGAAAAUUAAACCAAAUUAAAGUGACCCAGUUCUAUAUCUAUUGAAUAACAUAAAUUUCUACUUUUUUAUUUCCUCAAUUUUUUUUUUUUUUUUUUUUUUUUUAAUAAUUUAAUUAUUAUAAAGAAUGAAAAAUCAACAAAGAAGGAAAAAGAAGGGGGUGGAAAAAUGAAUGACAUUUUAUCUAUAUAAAUAAAAGUCGAAGUUUAGAUAUAUUCAUCAUUCGGGAACAUUUACUCGUAAAGUGUAAAAAAAAAUAUAUAUAUAUAUAAAAAUUAGAAAUAUUUUUUAUCCAAAAAGAAUAACGUGAAAAAAAUUUUUAAUUAUGAAAAAAAUUGUAUUUUUAUUAUUUUUUGCAUAUCUUGUGAGUGAAACAUUUUGCUUUACAAAUUUAUUUGAUGGCUUACAUAUAAUGCCAUUUAAAAAAGUAAAAAGACAUGGUCGCGAUGGUACAGCAGCUCCAUUAGUUUUAAAUGAUUCAAAAACAGAAACUGAAGCUACAUCACCUCAAGAGAAUGAAGAUGAAGAAAUGGAAACACAAUCGCCACUACAACCAAUACUACCACUAAAACCAAUACUACCACCACAACCAAUACCACCAUCAGAACCAAUAUCACCACCAAACAUUGUAGACAGAAAUGAUGAUUCAUCUCCUAAAAAUAUGAAUUGUAGAUGUAUACCAGAUAGUACUAAAUGUGAUGGUGUUAAAAAAGACAAUGGUGCUAGAUGGAGAAGAUGGGAUUUACGAAUUGUAAAUGAUGAAGAUUGUAAUCCAAAUGAAAUAUAUUGUUGCUCAGAAAAGACAUGUGGACAGAGAAAAAUUUUCAAUAAUAAAAAUCAACAAUCAGAAAAAUAUGCUCACUAUGGUUCAUAUCCUUGGCAUGCUGAGAUUUUAAGUCAAGAUAAUUCAUUUAUUGGAAGUGGAGUUCUCAUAAGUCCAAAUUAUAUACUUACUGUUGCUCACAAAAUUGUUGGCUUAAACAAUAAUUUCAAAAUAGUGUUUGGUUCAUGGAAUACAACAAAUAAAAAUGAAAAAGUUAUUGUUGCAAUGGCAGAGUCAACGAAAAUUCACGAUGGUUAUGAUUCAGAAUCUCUAGAAAAUGAUAUAGCUAUUAUUAAAAUUAAUCAGAAAUUAAUGUAUAAUAUUGAUUCUAAUAUUAAUGCAGCUUGUCUUCCAGAAAGAGACGUUUUACCAAAUACUCAAUGUUGGACUGCUGGUUGGGGAAAAUCUAAUUUCAUUUAUGAUAAUUAUGAACAUGUUUUAAAACAAGUAUCUCUUAAUAUAAUAAGUCAAGACGAAUGUGAAAAGAAAUUGAAAAAAACUAGACUUGGCGAAGAAUUUAUGUUAAAUAAAAAUAGUUUUAUUUGCGCUGGUGGAGAACAAGGAAAAGAUUCAUGCACGGGUGACGGAGGUGGUGCACUUGUAUGUAAAAAUGAAUUUGAUCGAUUUGAAGUUGUUGGCUUAACUUCUUGGGGAAUUGGUUGUGGAGAACUUGAUGUUCCAGGUGUAUAUAUUAAUGUUAAAUCUUAUCUCAAAUGGAUAGAAAAAGCAAUGAAUCCAGGAAGAAAAUUGCAAUUAAAUCCUAGAUCAAUGCCAUUGUAAUUUUUCUCUUUGAAUAGUCAAAUUGUCCAAAAGCUGUUUUUAUAAUGUUUUAUUUUGUUUUUAAAUGAAAAAAAAAGAAAAACAUUAUCUAAAUGCUAUUUAGUAUUAAAUUACUCUUCGUUUUAAUAUAGAAAUUAUAUUUUUUAAAAAUUGUACUUAACAAAAUAUAAUGUACAACGGAUGAAGAGC